AUGGCCUCAUCCUCCAUAUUCCCUUUCCACGUGGGGGAGGCUUCAAACGAACGUAUCAAGCUCAUCCCCUUCGAUCCAGAGCAACACUGCGAAACCUUCUUCCGCAUAUCAUCGCCCCAUCCCGAGAUAUACACACACUUACCCUUGCUUCCGCCGGCUUCAGCAAUCGAACUCAAAUCUCUCUUCUACAAUAAUUCCACGAGCCAUAUUCUGUCCUUCUCCAACCCAGAGUCAUUCGCAUUUGCCAUUAUAGACAAGACACAGCCACCAUCCCCAGAAGACCCCGAAGGUGAACUAGCGGGAACUGUGAGCUUCAUUCGUACAUCGCCGACAAACCUCUGCACAGAGAUUGGAUUUAUUGUCAUCUUGCCUCCGUACCAGCGAACCCAUGUGGCAACUAAUGCCGUUGGACUCGCUCUACAGCUUGCCUUUGAAUCCACCGAGAAAGGAGGCCUUGGAUUGCGCAGAGUACAUUGGUCGGCUAGCACGAUGAACCCGGCUAGUUCUCGACUUGCACAGAGGAUGGGGUUUGAAAAGGUCGGGAUCAUACCUUGGCAUAUGCGGUUUGUGAAAGGGAAGAUACGUGGGAAAGUUGGAAAUGGUAGGGAGUUGCCGCCUGGAAGUGAUCCUGAGGAUUUGUGGAGAGACACACUGAGCCUUAGUCUGGCAUGGGAUCAGUGGGGAAAUGGCGCGAGAGAAAGGGCAGCGAAGGCUAUGGAGAGAUAA